GAUUUGUGAAGAGGCGGCACGGCCCACCAGCCAGCCACGCUCCUCCCUCCCUCCCCGCUCCGCGAUCCCUCUCCCUCUCCCCUCCCCUCCUCCUCCCCCGCGGCUGCCAUGGCGGCCACGCUCCUCCGCCGGGCGCUCCACCUCCGCCGCGCCCUCCCCUCUCCAGCUUCCUCGCGCGCGCUCCUCCCCGCGGCCUCCAGCCGCCUCCUCUCCGUCACCGCCUCCACCCAGCAGAACACCGCCGGCACCGCCAUCGACCUCUCCAACGACGAGAGCCGCCGCCGCCUCGUCAACAGUCUGAUGUACAGGAGCAAGCAGAGGGGCUUCCUGGAGCUGGACCUGGUGCUCGGGACCUGGGUGGAGCAGCACGUCCGCUCCAUGGACGAGGCCAACAUCCGCUCCCUGCUCCAGAUCCUCGACCUCGAGAACCCAGAUUUGUGGAAAUGGCUUACUGGUCAAGAGCAAGCGCCAGAGACUGUAAACUCUAAUCCUGUAUUUGCUGCCAUUAAGUCGAAGGUGACGGAUAACCUGAGCAAGCACUCUUCCCCAGAGACCCGGUCAGCGCCUGGCCAGCCUUGGGUGAGAGGGUGGGAUGACAAGGACAAGAGGGGUCUGGAUGGACCCAAGUACGGAAACCAGUGAUAAGGUGCUUGAAACCAUUAUCGCAGUCUUAAGACUCAGCUUUGUUAUCCUCGGUGUGUAUGAUGCUUGUGUAAAUAAAGCAAGUCAUGGUUAGUGAUGCGCCAUGAUUUGUGUUGUCAUUUGAUUUGUGCUAGUAAUAAGGUUUCACUUGUUCCCGUUGAGGGAAACAUGUCGUCUGUAGUGGUACCGUGCAGCCAAAUGUAUCUCCUUGUUCCAGAUCAGAGUUAACUAUUUUAUGCACAAAUCACUGGCGCAUUUUCACUAAA